GGGGGAGAGUAGUCUGAAUUGGGUUAUGAGGUCCCCUGCGGGGUACCUCACCUCAGCCAUUGAACUCACUUCGCUGGCCGUGAGUCUGUUCCAAGCUCCGGCAAAGGAGGCAUCCGCCGGGCCCCUCCCCGAAGGGCGGGGUCCACGGCAUCUCCUGCCCAGUCUGACCUCGCGCGGAGCCCCGUUCUCUGGGAACUCACCUCCCCGAAGCUCAGGGAGAGCCCUGUUAGGGCCGCCUCUGGCCCUAGUCUCAGACCUUCCCAAGGGACAUGGGAGUGGAGUGACAGGACGCACUCAGCACGUGGCCCCACUGAUGAGCUUCCCUCCGCCCUAUGGGAAAAGGUGGUCCUGUCCAGAACUUAUAAGAUUCCCAUACCCUAAGACAUUUCACGUUUAUGGUGACUUCCCAGAAUGCAUAGCGACAUGCAAAUAUUGCAGGGCGUCACUCCCCUGUCCCUCACAGCCAUCUUCCUGCCAGGGCGCCCGCGCGCUGGUGUUCCCGCCUAGUGACACUGGGCCCACGAUUCCUUGGAGCGGGUUGAUGACGUCAGCGCUCGUAUUCCAUGGCGGCGCGGCGGCGACGGAGCGCCGGCGGCGGUAGGGCGAGAGCAUUAAAUGAAAGUAAAAGAGUUAAUAAUGGCAACACGGCUCCAGAAGACUCUUCCCCUGCCAAGAAAACUCGCAGAUGCCAGAGACAGGAGUCGAAAAAGAUGCCUGUGGCUGGAGGAAAAUCUAAUAAGGACAGGACAGAAGACAAGCAAGAUGAAUCUGUGAAGGCCUUGCUGUUAAAGGGCAAAGCUCCUGUGGACCCAGAGUGUACAGCCAAGGUGGGGAAGGCUCAUGUGUAUUGUGAAGGAAAUGAUGUCUAUGAUGUCAUGCUAAAUCAGACCAAUCUCCAGUUCAACAACAACAAGUACUAUCUGAUUCAGCUAUUAGAAGAUGAUGCCCAGAGGAACUUCAGUGUUUGGAUGAGAUGGGGCCGAGUUGGGAAAAUGGGACAGCACAGCCUGGUGGCUUGUUCAGGCAAUCUCAACAAGGCCAAGGAAAUCUUUCAGAAGAAAUUCCUUGACAAAACGAAAAACAAUUGGGAAGAUCGAGAAAAGUUUGAGAAGGUGCCUGGAAAAUAUGACAUGCUACAGAUGGACUAUGCCACCAAUACUCAGGAUGAAGAGGAAACAAAGAAAGAGGAAUCUCUUAAAUCUCCCUUGAAGCCAGAGUCACAGCUAGAUCUUCGGGUACAGGAGUUAAUAAAGUUGAUCUGUAAUGUUCAGGCCAUGGAAGAAAUGAUGAUGGAAAUGAAGUAUAAUACCAAGAAAGCCCCACUUGGGAAGCUGACAGUGGCACAAAUCAAGGCAGGUUACCAGUCUCUUAAGAAGAUUGAAGAUUGUAUUCGGGCUGGCCAGCAUGGACGAGCUCUCACGGAAGCAUGCAAUGAAUUCUACACCAGGAUUCCGCAUGACUUUGGGCUCCGUACGCCUCCACUAAUCCGGACACAGAAGGAGCUGUCAGAAAAAAUACAAUUACUAGAGGCUUUGGGAGACAUUGAAAUUGCUAUUAAGCUGGUGAAAACAGAGCUACAAAGCCCAGAACACCCAUUGGACCAACACUAUAGAAACCUACAUUGUGCCUUGCACCCUGUUGACCAUGAAAGUUAUGAGUUCAAAGUGAUUUCCCAGUACCUACAGUCUACCCAUGCUCCCACACACAGUGACUAUACCAUGACCUUGCUGGAUUUGUUUGAAGUGGAGAAGGAGGGUGAGAAAGAAGCCUUCAGAGAGGACCUUCAUAACAGGAUGCUUCUAUGGCAUGGUUCCAGGCUGAGUAACUGGGUGGGAAUCUUGAGCCAUGGGCUUCGAAUUGCCCCACCUGAAGCUCCCAUCACAGGUUACAUGUUUGGGAAAGGAAUCUACUUUGCUGACAUGUCUUCCAAGAGUGCCAAUUACUGCUUUGCCUCUCGCCUAAAGAAUACAGGACUGCUGCUGUUAUCAGAGGUAGCUCUAGGUCAGUGUAAUGAACUACUAGAGGCCAAUCCUAAGGCCGAAGGAUUGCUUCAAGGCAAACACAGCACCAAGGGGCUGGGCAAGAUGGCUCCCAGUUCUGCCCACUUCGUCACCCUGAAUGGGAGUACAGUGCCAUUAGGACCAGCAAGUGACACAGGAAUUCUGAAUCCAGAUGGUUAUACCCUCAACUACAAUGAAUAUAUUGUCUAUAACCCCAAUCAGGUCCGUAUGCGGUACCUUUUAAAGGUUCAGUUUAAUUUCCUUCAGCUGUGGUGAAUGUUGAUAUUAAAUAAACCAGAGAUCUGAUCUUCAAGCAAGAAAAUAAGCAGUGUUGUAUUUGUGGAUUUUGUGAUAUUUUAUGUAGUAAAAACUGUACAAGUCUA